CAGGUCACGUAUCACACUCACAUCCAGCGAAAAUCGUCACGAUGCGGUGGCAACACAGAGGUGGCGAAGAACUGAAGAUGAGCCCGCCACGGCGCGCGCCGUUCAUCAUCUCCAGCGAGGCAUCGCAUCGCCGCCGACCAGGCCCCGUCCGAUUCGUCGUCCUCUGGCUCGUGCGGCCGCUCCCUCCAGCUGUUGCCUUGCCGUCAGGCGAGGUCGUCGCCUCGUGCUCCCCCCUCCCCUUCCCUCCCGUCCCGUUCCCCAACCCGACCAGGCUGUGCUCCAAUAAACGGGCACCGCAGCCAGACACGACAAGGGACAAACCCCGCGAGCGGCAGCGGCGAGAGCGAGACGCCACCACCACCAUCCCCCCUCCGCUAACGAACUCCACCUCCCCGCCCCGCGCCAUGCGCCCGGGCGGCCUCCCGACCCAGCAGCCGCAGCCCGGCACGCCGGGCCGCGCGCGCCGCCGCCCGGAUCUCACCCUCCCCAUGCCCCAGCGCGAGGUCGCCACCUCCCUCGCCGUCCCGCUCCCGCUCCCACCCCCUUCCUCCUCCGGGGGCCCCACGCCCCCCUCCGCGGGUCCGGCGCAGCAGCAGCAGCAGCCGCCCCCGCUCGCGGAGCUGGAGCGCGUCCGCCGCGUCGGCAGCGGGGCGGGGGGGACCGUCUGGCUGGUUCGGCACCGCGGGACGGGCCGGCCGUACGCACUCAAGGUGCUCUACGGCAACCACGACGACGCGGUGCGUCGCCAGAUCGCGCGCGAGAUCGCGAUCCUCCGCGCCGCGGACCACCCCUCCGUGGUGCGGUGCCACGGCAUGUACGAGCGGGGCGGGGAGCUCCAGAUCCUGCUCGAGUACAUGGACGGCGGCUCCCUCGACGGCCGCCGCAUCGCCGCCGAGCCGUUCCUCGCCGACGUGGCGCGCCAGGUGCUGUCCGGGAUCGCGUACCUCCACCGCCGCCACAUCGUGCACCGCGACAUCAAGCCAUCCAACCUCCUCAUCGACGCCGCGCGCCGCGUCAAGAUCGCCGACUUCGGCGUGGGCCGGAUCCUCAACCAGACCAUGGACCCCUGCAACUCCUCCGUGGGGACCAUCGCCUACAUGAGCCCCGAGCGGAUCAACACCGACCUCAACGACGGCAACUACGACGGCUACGCCGGCGACAUCUGGAGCUUCGGCCUCAGCAUUCUCGAGUUCUACCUUGGCAAGUUCCCCUUCGGGGAGAACCUCGGCAAGCAGGGCGACUGGGCCGCCCUCAUGUGCGCCAUCUGCUACUCCGAUCCGCCGGAGCCGCCGCCCACCGCCUCGCAGGAGUUCAGGGGGUUCAUCAGCUGCUGCCUGCAGAAGAACCCGGCCAGGCGGCUCACGGCCGCGCAGCUGCUGCAGCACCCGUUUGUCGCCGGGCUGCAGCCGCAGCCCCUCGCCGCUCCUCCCUCGUCAUGACCACCAUUUCGGAUCAGAACUGCUAUGGAUCUCAAUUCGGCCUUGGCUGCAGGCAGCGUCAGACUCCAAUCCAGCAUCAUGUCAGGUGUAUCCUCCAUUCCUCCUUGGAUGGACCGAACAGAUGUGUGAAGGCAAUUCACUCUGUAUCUUUUUAGAGCUAUAUUUUCUCUGUAUCUUUGGGAGCCAAUUAGGGUGUUCUGUCCAUCAUCAUCGUCCUCAUCCAUUGCUGCUGCUGCCGCCGCAAUUAAGGUCCCUUGUUGACGUUCUUCAAGCCAUUUUUGAGUGUUCUCUCCAUCAGUCAUCGUCCUCAACCAGCUCCUCACUGCAAUUAAGGUUCUUUCCCCUUCCUGUUCUUUGAUGUUCUUUACUUUUUCAGCGAUGAUAGCAUAACGAGAGAAAAAAAAAGUGUGUAAAAAUGAUUUUGUAAAAGAUCAUAUGUCAAGUACAGACAGGUCCACUUCCUAGCCAGUUUUCAUUGCUCUAUAAAGGUUUCGUUAGAAACUUGAACUUCCUUUUUUUCCCCCUUCUCCAUAUGUAGCAGAGCUGUGACAUGAACUGGCAAUUGUGCAAGCAUCUCUCCCUUUGGGUGAUAUUUUCGGUGUAUAAGUGGCGUGAUGAUUGAACACAUGAUGACGACCACAGUGUUGCGCCUUUGCUGCGGCCGCCUGAUAGGUUCUUGGAUUCCUUUAUCUGGACAUAUGAUUGCUUAGAGCGCAUCUUGAAAUGCGAAUAAAAACCCAGCUUUAGCCU